GCCGGGCGCGGGCGGCUUCGUGACGUACGAGAGCAGCAAAGCUGGGAAGCGGCUGCAGCGCAGUGAGGGGACCUUCCGGCACAGCCUGAGUGCCCCGGGUGGGUAUGGGGGGGGGUGGCCAUGGGGUCAGUGGGAUGGCCAUGGGGUCGGUUGGCCAUGGGGUCGGUUGGCUAUGGGGUGGGAUGGCAGUGAGGGGACCUUCCAGCACAGCUGUGUGCCCCAGGUGGGGGGGGGGGGCGGUAUGGAGUGGGGUGGCGAUGGGGUGGGGUGGCCAUGGGGUCGGUUGGUGAUGGGGUGGGUUGGCUAUGGGGUCAGUUGGCUAUGGGGUCAGUUAGCUAUGGGGCAGGUUGGCUGUGGGGUUGGUUGGCUAUGGGGUUGGUUCACUAUAGGGCAGGUUGGCUAUGGGGUUGGUUGGCUAUGGGGUCAGUUGGCUAUAAGGCAGGUUGGCUAUGGGGUUGGUUGGCUGUGGGGUCAGUUGACUAUAGGAUGGGUUGGCUGUGGUGUGGGUUGGCUGUGGGGUCGGUUGGCUGUGGGCUGUGCCGGGCGCUGCUAUGGGGUCGGUUGGCUGUGGGGUCGGUUGUCUGUGGGCUGUGCCGGGCGCUGCCCCCCACGUUCCAUCCUCACCCCACAGACCUCGUGCUGACGUUGGACACCACGCAGCGCUUCCAGAAGAUCAAAGGCUUCGGCGCUUCCAUCACCGACGCGGCCGCCAUCAACGUCCUCUCCCUCCCCGCGGCCGCCCAGGACCACCUCCUGCGCUCCUAUUUCUCCGAGGAAGGGCUGCAGUACAACCUGGUGCGCGUCCCCAUGGCCAGCUGUGACUUCUCCCUGCACACCUACACCUACGCCGACGUCCCCGACGACUUCGAGCUGCGGCACUUCGCUCUGCGGGACGAGGACACAAAGCUGAAGAUCCCCCUCCUGCGCCGCGCCAUCGCCAUGGCCAAACGCCCGCUGUCCAUCUACGGCAGCCCAUGGACGGCGCCGGCGUGGAUGAAGACCAGCGGGUCCUUUGUGGGGAAGGGGACGCUGAAGGGGCGGGCGGGGGGCAAAUACCACCGUGCGUGGGCCAACUACUUCGUCAGGUUCCUGGAUGAAUACGCCAAACACAACGUCACCUUCUGGGCUGUGACGGCAGAGAACGAACCCACGGCGGGGCUGAUCAACAAUUACCCCUUCCAGUGCCUGGGCUUCACGGCCGAGCAGCAGCGCGACUUCAUCGCCCGCGACCUCGGCCCCGCGUUGGCCAACAGCUCCCACCGCGACGUGCGGCUCAUCAUCCUGGAUGACAACCGGCUCCACCUCCCGCACUGGGCCAAAGUGGUCCUGGAAGAUGAGCAGGCGGCUCGCUACGUCCACGGCAUCGGCAUCCAUUGGUACCUGGACUUCAUCGGGCCCAUCCAGGACACCGUGGUGCCCACCCAUGAGCUCUACCCGGACGUCUUCAUCCUGGCCACGGAGGCCAGCGUGGGCUCCCACUUCUGGGAGCGGGACGUCAUCCUGGGCUGCUGGGAGCGGGGCAACCAAUACAGCCACAGCAUCCUGACGAACCUGAACAACCACGUGACGGGUUGGACCGACUGGAACCUGGCGCUGGACCUGGAGGGGGGGCCCAGCUGGGUGAAGAACUACGUGGACAGCCCCAUCAUCGUGGACGGCAGUCAGGGCGUCUUCUACAAGCAGCCCAUGUUCUACCACAUGGGGCACUUCAGUAAGUUCAUCCCGGAGGGCUCCCAACGCGUGGGGCUCAUCGCCCCCCAAAAGUCCAAGAAGACCCCCCUGGAAUACACGGCCUUCCUGCGCCCCGAUGGGGCCGCCGUUGUGGUGGUGCUCAACCGGUCCCCACAGAACGUCACCUUUGGGUUGGCUGACACCGUGGGGCUCAUCCAGGCGGUGUCUCCGGCCAACUCCAUCCAGACCUACGUGUGGCGGCGGUGAGGACGGAGCCGCCCAUGGGGUCGGGGGGGGGGGGGGGGGGUGGGGGGGCAAUGUGGGGCCGUGUGGGGUUGGGGGGGGCACCGGUGGCCCCAUGAGGGGGGAUCCCAUAAACUGUGAAUGCUGCUACUGCAAAAC